AUGACCAAGAAGGUUUUAAAUCAUUGUUGUGCCAAUCAUGCAGAGAAAAGGUUAUACGAUCUCAAGAACAUACCCGAAGCACUUGUCCAGACUCGGUGUCUUGGAUCAUCACAAAGUGACAACAACUAUGGCAUUGUGGCCAUCUAUGGCUUUGGUUUCCAAUCAAAGCUUGCUUAUGCUAGGUGUGGAGACUCUAAUUGGUUUGACCUCAAUGGUUCACAUGAGGCUUACUGUGAUAUCAUAUGUUGCAAAGAUUACGUAUAUGCUUUAGCCAAUUUGGGUUCUGUUGAGGCUUGGGAUUUUAGGUUUUCUGUUCCUAGAAAAGUUCUGGACAUUGAAGCUUGUUUUCCUGAGGAAAGGGUUGAAUUUGAGAAGUCUCUGAGAGAUCUUUAUUCUAGCCAGUUUUACCUGGUGAAGUCAAUAGGUGAGCUCUUGAUUGUUAUAAGGUACAUUGGUGAGUUUGUUAGGCAUGACGGUGAAGUUGUUCGCAAGACUGAUAUUGAUCAUGAUUUGAUUUAUCUAUACAUGACAAAGUUGUUCCAUGUUUACAAGUUGGAUUUGAAAAAGGAAAAUUGGGAGAAGGUGGAGUCAUUGGGGGAUCGAAUAUUGUUUUUGGGUAGAAAUCAGUCCACGUCACUCUCAGCUUUGGACUUUUCAGAGUAUAAAAAGAAUUCAAUAUAUUUUACAGACGACUAUUGGGGUUGA